GUGAUGUAGUUGUGAAAGAGUUCAGCCAAUGAAAGGCGAUGGUUUAUUUGUGGAAACCGGUGUGCUCAGCGCGUGCUCCCGACGCAGGCGCAAGACACCGGGAUGUAGUGAAGUGACAGCGGUGUUCACCAGGAAGGAGAGAGGCGUGAAAAAGAUCAAUAAUACAUCAUGUAAAGUACAGAGUUAGCUGCGGGCCGUCGACAGAAACGACAUCUAAAUACUGUAUCCUCCAUAGCUGGUUUUAAUAUUGGCCUGGACUCGAGCAGCAUGGCUACUGUCGAGAAGAUUGCAUCAAUGGGACAGGAUCUGUUGGACCCGAGACAGGACCUGACCAAGCGGUUCAGAGCUUUAUUUACCCUGAGGAACCUGGGAGGUGCUGAAGCUAUAGAAUGGAUCAGCAAAGCCUUCGCUGAUGAAUCAGCCCUGCUGAAGCAUGAGUUGGCUUACUGCCUGGGACAGAUGCAGGACAAACGGGCCAUUCCUACUUUGACUGCUGUUCUCAAAGAUAAACAGCAGGAGCCAAUGGUUAGGCAUGAAGCAGGGGAAGCUCUGGGGGCAAUUGGUGAUUCUGUGGUUUUGGACCUACUGAAAGAGUACAGUCAGGAUCCUGUCAUUGAGGUUGCAGAGACAUGUCAAUUGGCUGUUCGACGGCUGGAAUGGCUUCAGAGUGGAGGAGAGAAAACGUUGCAGGACGGACACACAGAUAAAAACCCCUACUGCUCUGUAGACCCAGCCCCUCCAGCAGCAAGGAAGAGCGUGCCAGAGCUGCGGUCCGCACUGUUGGAUGAAAGCCUGCCACUCUUUGACCGCUACCGUGCCAUGUUUGCCCUGCGUAACCUUGGCACUGAGGAGGCUGUGUUGGCACUAGGAGAUGGCCUGCAAUGCUCCAGUGCUCUGUUUCGUCAUGAGAUUGGCUAUGUUCUGGGGCAGAUGCAGCAUCCAGCAGCAGUCCCAGCCCUCCGUGCAGCUUUGGAGCGUUCCACCGAGAACCCCAUGGUCCGGCACGAGGCAGCAGAGGCUCUAGGCUCAAUUGGCAAAGACGAGUGUCUGGCCGUGCUGCAGCGUUACCGUGAAGACCAAGAGCGUGUUGUCAAGGAGAGCUGUGAGGUUGCACUUGACAUGUUGGAGUAUGAAAACAGUGGACAGUUCCAGUAUGCAGAUGGAUUGGUCAGGUUACAGGGUUAAUUAUUUAGGUCCGUACUGAGGUCACCUUGUGUUUAAGGGUAAUUAAACACAAUUUGUUGUUAACAGUAAUAUUUUCUAUACUUCAAUAUAGCUAAGUGGAAAACCAAAUAUAUUAAAAAAAAAAUAAAGGGUGGAACAUGGAUAAUAUAGGGUCAUCCACCCUAAUAGCCUGUGCCUUUGACCAGCCGCUGCUCUUGCCCCAUCAUUCAGCUGCUUCUUCAAAUCAUCCCCAAGUACAAAUAUGGAGGAGAAGCAGGCCAGCCAACAGCAACCUUGGGAGACGUGCACAGAAGCAAUGGAGUGAGUAACGAAGGACUGCUCUAACAACCAGUCAGCCUGUGUUGUAUGGCACCAGAAGCAGACUGGUGAUCAGGAGAUAAAUGAGUGUGGUUUGUUGGGUCCUAAAUUUUAAAGCCAAAGUAAUCAACUCUAUCCAGCUUCCAUAUUGAGUUUUUUUUAUGUCCAACUUAAAAUCAACCCACUCAAAGAGAUCAACUGGAAAAGAGCAGAGUUAGUUUAUUGAAUGGAGUCAUAUAAACGAUAAAAUGGACUGUCACAACCAACAGAACAGCAGGACAACACAAAGCAGGCUAUAGAGCCUUCCGCAUAUUCACGUGCAAAAGACAAAACAACACAGAAGAGAAGGAAAAACAAGAAAAUGGGACAGAAAAGAGUGGCAAAGAGAGAGCGAACCCUCCUGGACCCUCUAUUUUAUUAAGUAAGGACUCUCUGCUCAAUCUGAAUUCAUCCUGCAUUGUGGCUCUACAGUUUGAUGCAAAGUCCUCAUUCUAAACUUUCUGCUACAAGCAUUCGUGGUGUGAGGUAGACCUUGAUUUGUCGUGCUUCUCUUGGUACUUUGCUCCUAAAUUACCAUGGAGCACAGCUUGCAGUUUAAAUGUAAUUUUUUUGUUAUUUACAGUCAACUGUAUAAAAUUAAAAUGAUCUUACAUACUAA